AUGGCAUGCAGCCGUGGUCGGUCCGCCCCAACUACGGCACCUACAAGUCUCCCUACGGCCCCAACUAUAGAGCCUCUACCCACUUCCACGGCAUCAACCUCAGUCGUGCCGCUCGAUUCUGGUGCUUUCGGCGCCGUUGCAGGCAUUUUCGCCCUCUUCUUCUUCGCUGAGGUUCCUAAAGUACGGAAGGACAUCAUGCAGAGAAUGCCGAUCAUUGGAGACUACUUCAUACAUGAGAUACCGCCAGAGGACAAUCCAUUCUAG